CGAUAAAAAUCUCCGCCAGAAACACCUCCAAGCACCUCCCUCCGUCUCUCAAAUGCUUCAACAGUCACCAAACACAACCACCACCCCGUCUUCCUCUGACUUUUUCUCCAUCUUCGUCCCCGACCUUCAAUUGGAUUCCGGAUUGCUACUCAGACCCCGUCCUAGCAACAAUCGUCGAAGAAGAGCCCGGUUUAUGUUGCCUACAAUAUUUAAUUGCAGAGUGAAAAGAGAGAACUUUAAAGCUAUGAAAGAGAAACAAUUGGAGCUGCAGCAUACUAUGAGUCGUAAGGGAUAUGCACGGUUGACUGCUGAGCUGAAAGCGAAAAGAAAAGUUGACUCCAUAAGUAGAGUCGUUGUUUGGGCCGAUGGAAAUAGAGACAAGAAUGGAAAACCCAAGAACAAGAAUGUUGCACAAAAGAUUGAAGAUAUGGGAAAAAUUGAACGGAAUGGACAUAAUUCAACUAAUCUGAAAGAAGAUGCUGUUUCUAAAGUGCUUGGUGCCGAGAGGAAUGGCCGUGUAAGAACAUUUGGAAAAGGAGUCACUCAAACAAGAUUAACUAUAAUAUCACAAAUGAAUGGUCAAUUUACUGAAUUACGUGAAGAAAAUGCUCAGAUGAAGUCUCAAAUGUCGGAUAUGCGAAAUACAAUUGACGAGUUCAAGAAAAGCCAAGUUCAAAAUCCGGCAACAACUGAAGCAACACCAACUACACCCCUUGUUUCUCCAUCGGUAACAUGUCAUCCACAGAGUGACAUUACCAAGUGCAAGUUACUAGAUUGGAUGGGGAUGGGAGAUGUAGUUGCGGAGGGGCGUUGGGCUUCAAGUGAUCCACAUUCUUGUGCGCAUUGUGUUCCGAUCGGCCCUAAUGCAAUGAAAGUUUGGGUGGAUGUGGCAAAGAAACUCUUAAGAGUUUCUGUGGAGGGCUUCAAGUGAUAUGACCUAUAUCGUAGAUACUGUGGGAAGUACCAUCGCAUGGCCUGCUGACUUUGUUAUUCUGGACUCUUCUUCCCCAGGGUUUAUGGGUUGAUAAAGAAGUGCUGUUGUGACUUUUUGCUGAAGAUGUAGGUAUGAUCUUGCUAGUGUGAUGGCUGUCAUUAUCGCUUGGUUGGUUGAAGCUUUUUUGUUGAUACUUAUGGGAUGGAUAGAUUUUGGAAGGACUGUUUUGGUUGAAGCCUUUAUGUUAAUAUUUCGGUGUCAAUGUUUGAACUCCACUUUUGGGAUACAUAGAUGUUUUGGAAGGCUUUUUUGUUGAUAUUUGGUAACAAGGCUUGUACUCCACUUUCGGGAUACACGUAUCUUUUGGAAGGCCUUUUUGUUGAUAUUUGGUGACAAGGCUUGUAUAUACUAGUAGAUAGAAAUGUUAGAAGGACAUUUAGUAUAUUGAAUUUCUUUUGUAAUGGUAAUCGCUUUGAUGUUUGGAAA